AUGGGUUCAGCUCAGGAGCAACUCCGUACUUGGUGGAAGGAAAGCUCAGUUUACCAAAUAUAUCCGGCCUCCUUCCAAGACACCACAGGCUCCGGCAAGGGCGAUCUCAAGGGCAUUAUUUCACGCGUAGGCUAUCUUCAUGGCCUCGGCGUCGAUAUUGUGUGGCUGUCGCCCAUCUUUCCGAGCCCCCAGAUAGACAUGGGAUAUGACAUCAGCGACUACAAAUCUAUAGAACCCAUCUAUGGAAACAUUGGCGAUGUCGACGAGCUCAAGGACAAGCUCCAUAAGCGUGGCAUGAAACUGGUCCUGGACCUGGUUGUGAAUCAUACCAGCGAUCAGCAUGAGUGGUUCAAAGAAUCAAGAAAGUCAACGACCAAUCCGUUCAGAGACUGGUACAUCUGGCGCCCGCCAAAGUAUGAUGCACAGGGCAACCGACAGCCCCCAAACAACUGGGAAAGCCACUUUCAGGGCAGCGCUUGGGAGUAUGAUGAGGCAACGGAUGAGUACUACCUGCGCCUCUUCUGCAAAGAGCAGCCAGAUCUCAACUGGGAGAAUCCGGCAGUGCGCAAAGCGGUCCACGACAUCAUGCGCUUCUGGCUUGGUCGAGGGAUAGACGGUUUCCGCAUGGACGUUAUCAACUUCAUCAGCAAAGACCAACGUUUCCCAGACUCGGACAAACCGGUCCUGAAGGGCUAUGAAUACUACGCAUGCGGACCGAGAUGCCACGAGUUCUUGAAAGAGCUCGGCGCCAUUCUCAAGGAGUAUGACGCAUUCAACGUGGGCGAAAUGCCCUGCGUGGACGACGAGAACGAAAUCAUCAAGGCUGUUGGCGCUGACCGUGGAGAGCUGAGCAUGAUUUUUUACUUUGAGCACAUGGUGCUCGACUAUGGCCCCCAGGGCAAGUUCUCCCCCGGCACAUGGACCCUCGCAAAGCUGAAGACUGUGGUCAACAAAUGGCAGAAUUUCAUGUACGACAAUAACGGCUGGAACGCCCUCUACCUCGAGAAUCAUGAUCAGCCCCGAAUCGUCAGCCGUUUUGCAUAUGAUGAACCUGAGCACCGCGUGGCCAGCGCAAAACUCAUUGCUGUAUUCCAUGCUUUCCAAGCUGGCACCCCGUUUAUAUACCAAGGACAAGAAAUUGGCAUGACCAACGUUCCUAAAGAGUGGCCUAUUGAGGAGUAUAAAGAUGUUGAAUGUAUCAACCACUGGAACUCGUAUAAAGACAGCCCUGAUGAAGAUCUCAAACGGCUAGUCAAAGCAGAAUACCAAAAGAAGUCUCGCGAUAACGCCCGCACGCCAAUGCAAUGGGACGCCACCUCUCAAGCCGGCUUCACAACCAGCGACAAGCCCUGGAUGCGUGUCAACGACAACUACACAGAAGUCAACGCCGCCUCGCAAACAGACAGGCGUCGAUCCGUGUAUCACACCUAUCGACUAAUCCUGGAGAAACGAAAACAGUACAAGGACAUCUUUGUCUACGGCAGCUUCGAGCUCGUCGAUGAGCCAAACGACAAGGUAUUCGCAUAUAAGAGGAGAGCAACCAGCGGGGAGACUGCGCUGAUUGUGUGCAACUUUUCGUUGGAUGCGGUGAAGUGGAAGAUGGAAGACGAGCCAAAAGAAGUGCUUUUUACGACCAGUGAUAGAAAGUUGAGCCAGGUGAGCGGUGGUGAGCUUUCGUUAGCUCCAUGUGAAGCAAUCGCUCUGCUUCUCUGA